CCCCCUUGAACGCCAGAGCCCCUCUCCCCGAAACCCGAGUGACCCCCCCCAGCCCCCUCUGGACUCGAUGCUGGGGGAGCCACAGAACCGAGGGGCGUCGGACGUUCCUCUUUGUCCCCUUUUCAUCCCAGCGUCGUUGCCCCUCCCGGCUGGCGGGAGCCCUGAGGAGGCAGAAAUGGCCUCUGGACGCCUGACGGCCGGAGCCCGCCAGGAAUUGUUAACCUUCAGAGAUGUGGCUGUGGACUUCACCCAGGAGGAGUGGGGACACCUGCACCCUUCUCAGAAGGAUUUGUAUAGGGAUGUGAUGCUGGAGAACUACAGGAACCUGGUCUACCUGGGACUUGUAAUUUCCAAACCAGAUAUGAUAUAUCAUUUGGAACGAGGAGGAAAACCAUGGAUGCCAGAGGGAGAUGUCUUAAGAAGCACCUGUCCAGGCUGGGAGAGAAGGCCUGAAAUCAAACAGUCAGUCCCAAAGCUGGACAUUUCUCUGGAUGAGUUAUGCCAGGAAAACCUCGUAAGGGAUGGUACCUGUGCCUCCGAGUUGAGACAAACCUGGGAAUGUGGUCCCCAGUUAGAGAGGAAACAGAGCAAUGAGGAAAAAUCUCAUGAAUGUAGUGAAUGUGGCAAGGCCUUCAGCCAAGGAACACAUCUGACUCAGCAUAGGAAAAUUCAUACUGGAGAGAAAUCUUAUGAAUGUAAUGACUGUGGGAAGGCCUUCUGCUGGAAGAUAGACCUUACUCGACAUCAGACUAUCCAUAGUGGUGAAAGACCGUACGAAUGUAAUGAAUGUGGGAAAACCUUCCGCCUGACUACAGCUCUUAAUCUGCAUAGAAGAAUUCAUACUGGAGAGAAACGUUAUGUAUGUAGUGAAUGUGGGAAGUUCUUUAACCGGAGGGCAAAUUUAACACGCCAUCAGAACAUUCAUACUAGAGAGAAACCUUAUCAGUGCAAUGAAUGUGGCAAGGCUUUCUGCCAGACCAAAGAACUUACUCGACAUCAAAAGAUUCAUACAGGAGAGAAACCUUAUGAGUGUAAUGAAUGUGGGAAGGCUUUCUUUCAGAAGAGAGACCUUACUCGACAUCAGAGUAUUCAUACUGGAGAUAAACCUUAUACAUGUAAUCAGUGUGGCAAGGCGUUUCGACAUAGUACAGUUCUAAUUGGGCAUCAGAGAGUUCAUUCUGGAGAAAAGCCUUAUGAAUGUAAGGAAUGUGGGAAGUCUUUUACUUGGAGAACAUAUCUUACUCGACAUCUGAGAGUUCAUACUGGAGAGAAACCUUUUCAGUGUAAUGAAUGUGGGAAGGCCUUCUUUCAGAAAAAAGGACUUACUCGACAUCAAAAGAUUCACACUGGAGAGAAACCUUAUGAAUGUAAUGAGUGUGGGAAAGCUUUCCGCCGGAACACAGACCUUACACAGCAUCAACGAGUUCAUACUGGAGAGAAGCCUUACAUAUGUAAAGAAUGUGGGAAGGCCUUUAACAGGAACACACACCUUACUCAACAUCAGCGAAUCCAUAAGGGAGACAAACCUUAUCAAUGCACACAGUGUAGGAAAGCCUUCUUUCACAUAAAGGAGCUUGUUAGACAUGAGAGAGUUCACACUGGAGAGAAACCUUAUGAAUGCACAGAAUGUGGGAAAGCCUUCUUUGAGAAAAAAGAACUUAACCGACACCAGCGGAUUCAUACUGGAGAAAAACCUUAUGUAUGCGUAGAAUGUGGCAAGUCCUUCCUCCGAAAGACACAUCUUAUUGUGCACCAGAGAGUUCACACUGGAGAGAAACCUUAUCAGUGUAAUGAAUGUGGGAAGGCUUUUUGUCAGAGCUCAGCUCUCUAUCUACACCAGAGAAUUCACACCGGAGAGAAACCUUAUCAGUGUAGUAAAUGUGGGAAGGCUUUUUGUCAGAGCUCAUCUCUUAAUCUACACCAGAGAGUUCACACUGGUGAGAAACCUUAUGAAUGUAAUGAAUGUGGGAAGGGUUUCUGCUUGAGCACAGCUCUUACUGUGCAUCAAAGAGUUCACACAGGAGAAAAACCUUAUGAAUGUGAUGAAUGUGGGAAAUCCUUCAUUCGGAGGACACACCUUACUCGACAUCAGAGAGUUCACAAUGGAGAGAAGCCUUAUGAAUGUAAUGAAUGUGAAAAGUCUUUUAGUCAGAGGUCACAUCUUACUAAACACCAGAAAGUUCACAUUUGAGAGUUUGAUGAAUAAUGAAAGGGAUGGGGAGAGCCUUCUCUUAGGAGUAUAGUUUUUAUGUUUAUACUAGAAAUCUUUUGAAUGUAUAAUGAAUGUAGGAAUUUGACAUCAUCUGAUACUGGAGAGAACCCUUAAUACUGUAAAAUCUUUUGAAGAUCAUCAAUGUCAGACAGAUUUUAGGCAUUGCACACACUUAGCUAAAAUCAGUAGAACGCUAAGUAAAAGGAAACCUCAGAGAGAGAUCCCAAAUUUUCCGUAGUGGUUUUGUCUGCUCAAGUCCCCAUGUUUAUUUCAGGUGACAAGCUGUUUUCUUAAAAAUUUUGGUGAAUCCCACAAGUUCUCCCUCAUUUUCUCUAUAAAUUCAGAAUCACCAUCUGGCUUUUUUCCCCCUUUUUAUCAUACAGGAAGAUAUUUUAGAUUCCUAAGUAUAGGUAGGAAGGGAUCGCAGGAAUCACUUGAUUCAGCCCUCUCUUUUUAUGAUUGAGGACAUGGGCCCAAAAGUUUAUGUGUCUUUUUCAAGGUCACAUAGUAAGUGAUAAGAGUCAGGUUUCAACCCCAGGUCCUUUGACAGCCUUUGGCCUUUCCAUGGUACCACACAUUCCCUUCUCUUUGGUAAGGCUUCUCUGCCUGUGCCCUUGAUUAAAUUUCUCCCUCACGUUCUAGACCUUAUUCUGGAAGUAAUUCCCUCUUACGCACCUUCAGUCUCUCCACUGGCUCCUUGCCAGCUGCUGAUAGACAUGUUUUUGUCUUGUUACGGGAUGUCCUAGCUCUGUCUUCCUCGGUUAACAAUUGAUUAUUUCUAGCUGUUUGAAUGGGAGGAAGCCGUAGAAUAGCUCACCCCUCCCCCACGCAUCUCCUGCCAGCAUCGGAAUGUUGGGAUGUAUGUGGCUGGGUGUCCCCGAGGGAUCCUGUGGACUGGACUGACAGAGUCUGACUUGUGUGUCAGACCGUGCUUUUACUUGUAUUACCUCCUGGCAGAGCUGUUGGCAGGAGGUAUGGCAUUGAGUUACAGCUUUGGGCCUUAGCAUUAGAGCAGGUGGCUAGAAGCAUGUGGCCUAGUUUGACUGAAAGCAGUAGGUAGGGCCACUGCAGUUGUGCCCUUUGGCCUUAUUUCAUUUCUCCUCCCUGCUCUCUGCUGAGGGAGCAGGAACCCAGGGACUUCCCCUCUUCCUUGUUUACUUGCACGGUCAAUGGGCACGUGGAGAUCCUGCUCCUGUCUUCUGAGCCGAGUGGAGAAGUAGAGCUGUUUCUCAUUUUCCUCCUUUUCUUUUCCUCCGCUUCCCUCCUUUCUUUCCAGACUCCUUCCUGCCCCCAGCAUGAAUCCUCUCUGCCAGUUCUGGAACCAUGAUCAAAUCCACUCUGGCAUUGUUCUGGCCUCCAAGGGUCAGUGUGCUCCCCUCUGGCCCCACUGACCUCUGCUGUAACCAGGGUGCCCCUCUGUGGUCACUGCUCCACUAUGUGUGCUUUCUCAGUAUCCCCAUUGGAAGGUAAGCUUGUUGAGGGCAGGGUCUCUUGUUUUCUGAGUUAUCUCCCCAGUGCUUAGUACGGUGCUUGGCAUUUAAUAGAUGCUGUUUCAUUCAUUCAGUUUCCCAUUCCCUUGAGGUAAAAGUUUCCCAAGUUCUGGCAUCUGGCUCUCUUAUUCCAUACUUUCUGUUGAGACUCUCCCAUAAUUAAGAUAACCAAGGUAUAUACUUGUAUAAGGAGCCAGGAUUGAGGAAGAAAUCAGGAGAGGGGCUUGGACAGCAGCUGGAUGAUCUCAUAGAGUUAUAACCCAAACCUUUCCAACCUCAGCCUUGCACAUACAGAGUUUGUUUUAGUGAUGUCCUUUUUUGCACUAAUUUCUCAACACACACCACACACCGAACCCUCGUAACAAAUGACAAGCAAAAAUGAACGCUUCUGAGAGUGUGUUCAACGUUCUUCACCUGCAACCCCUCCCCCUCUCUACCUUGGGGAGGAAAGUGGGUGUGUUUUGUUGUUUUCUCCAAGUUUUGCCAUUUUAAAAUUUCUGUCUGAAGUGUUUUAUCUCAGAAGAUGCAGAUAAUGACUCAGUAGUCCUUGAAGUGAAGCUUCAGACCAGACUCAGUAUUAUCAACAGGAAAGGUUCUUUCCCCCCAGGAGUCCAAUUGGUCACAAAAGUAGGGAGAAGUUAGGAUGAUCAGUGCCUGAACUGAGGAAACUAUUCACAAGUAAGUAUGGUAAGUACUGACUAGAGUAGAGGACGUGGUAUUGUUGAAAGUAGACUGGGCGAAUCACAGAUUAUGCAGGUGUAUGCCGGGGCUAUUCUAAUAACGAGAAACAGUGGAAGCAGGAUGUCGUGGAUCGUCGAGUUGCGUUUGGAGGGGGUGAGGGAGGAGCCGUGCCUGUGGACACUGGGAAUGGUAGAGAAUACUGAAUGUGAAGUGCUGUAUUCUGAAGGAAGAAAUUUUAUGUAUGUUUUAUGUUGCAAGCGUAUUUCUCCCUGCUGCUAGCUGGAGCUAAGUGGGCCAGUCACGUACUUAGAUAAAUCCAGGGUUCAUCUACAUUAUUCCCUGACCUCCAGUAACCAUGGUUAAGAAGGAGCAAAUAUCAGAGGUUCACCUGUCGCCUUUCAGCAGAGUGCUUUUUGCUAUGUGGGUGUGGGAGAUGCCUGUUGAAACUCUUGCUGAUGGAGGGGUAGUUCUUUUGUGAUAGAUAAUCUUAGAGAGUUGCUUGCGAUGCUGAAUGCAUAGCUGACUUGCUCAUGUUUGCACAACCAUUAUGUAUCAGAGGCAGGACUUGAACCCAGGUCCUCCAAGGCUGGUCCUCUGUCCCCUACACCAAAAAGCCUGUAUUUUUAAAAGAUAACAGUUAAAAGUUGAAUCCUCAUACCUCUGUGUAGUGAAGGCAGGAAGGGGUGAGCAUCUUUGUGCUCAUUCACAGAGAUUAAGUUUGAAUUAUCACUAUCAUUGUAGGCUAUGUGUUAGUGUUGUGUUGAUUUUCCCAACAAUAAUGCAACAGGAUUUUAUGGGUGAAAAACAACCAGUUAAAACUGUGAAUGGUAAUGGUCUGAAUUCAACCUGAAAAAUGAAGCAAGUUGUGGGACAAGUAAGAAAACAACACUAUAUUGCCUAAAAAUAACAAAGCAGAGAUUUAUACAUACAAAUAAUGUUAAAAUAAAAUCUGGUUUGCCUCAGAUGAAUUGUAAAGAGCAGGAGUUGCAAUCAUCACUUCUGAUGAGGCAAAAAAUUGUUCGUGUUCUAAUGCAUAAAGAACUCAGUCAAAAGUAGAGAUCUUAAAUACUUUUUAGAUCUUUCUUAUUUGGACUUAUGAUUUCCUCAAGGAAUUCCUUAAUGUGUAAAGUCCCUCCACUGAUGCAGAUUGGGAACUCAUCUGUAAUUUGUAGUGUCUUGAGGCAGAGUUUAACAUUUGCUCAGAGUCACUCAGCUAGUGUGUCAGAUGUAGGACUUGAAUCCAGAUCUUAAUUCUAAGACUGUCUCUCUAUCCAUGUUUGGUCUCAGAGCACUUCAGAUCAUAACACAAUUAAAAAUUAUAACCGACAAGUUAAAAUAUGAACAAAGGAUGUAGUAGUCCGAGCUGUCUGAAUGGGGACCCAGCUGACCGGUUCCAGUUGGGCAAUUCAGCUUGUCCCUCUUCCCUCCCCUCCCCUCCCCUCACCUCUCCUCUCCUGUCCUCUUCUCUCCUCUCUGUUACCUGAGGGUGUUCUGCCCAAAGGAAGGUGACUUUUGAUGACCAAAAGCUGCCUAGUUACUUUGGGGUUACUGGUUAGAUUUCUUUCUCAAAGACUAAGUCUUAAACCCAAUUCACUCUGGAUCUCAUGGAUUGGACAGCAGGAGGUCCCUGCCCAAGCACCACUUAAUGGUUAUUUUUUGGGCCCUUCUGGCUCAGAGUGAAUGUAAAUAGUGACUGUUUCUCUUUUGCCCAGCAACCCUAAGGAUCUUCCCCUCCCCAUUUUAUUUAUUUAUUUAUUUAGUAAAAGGGCCAUCCCUUGACUCACUUG